AUGCUGGACGGCCUGAAGAUGGAGGAGAACUUCCAAAGCGCCAUCGAAACGUCGGCCUCUUUCUCCUCGCUGCUGGUCUCAGCCUCGAGCACCGCCAAGAGGCUUUUCCGGGCGGGUGGGCAGCGCAUCGCGGGGAUUAGCCCGCCCGGCGGGGCCCUAGCCUCAGCUUUAAUUAACUGGUGCCGGAUCUCUCGUCUGCGGGUCCCGCUGCCUCUUGGGUCUCCCCGGUCCCUUCGCAGUGACUACGGAGGAGCGGCGAACCCAGGGCCUCAACCCAUACGCAGAGCGGUGAGCCCGAAGUCUGUCUGCGAGGGCUGCCAACGGGUCAUCUCGGACAGGUUUCUGCUGCGGCUCAACGACAGCUUCUGGCAUGAGCAGUGCGUGCAGUGCGCCUCCUGCAAAGAGCCGCUGGAGACCACCUGCUUCUACCGGGACAAGAAGCUCUACUGCAAGUAUGAUUAUGAGAAGCUGUUCGCUGUCAAAUGCGGGGGCUGCUUUGAGGCCAUCGCACCCAACGAGUUUGUUAUGCGGGCCCAGAAGAGCGUGUACCACCUGAGCUGCUUCUGCUGCUGUGUCUGUGAGCGGCAGCUCCAGAAGGGUGAUGAGUUUGUCCUGAAGGAGGGGCAGCUGCUCUGCAAAGGGGACUAUGAGAAGGAGCAGGAGCUGCUCAGCCUGGUGAGCCCGGCAGCGUCAGACUCAGGGAAAAGUGAUGAUGAGGAAAGUCUUUGCAAGUCAACCCACGGGGCAGGGAAAGGAGCCUCUGAGGACAGCAAGGACCAUAAGCGCCCCAAACGUCCCAGAACCAUCUUGACAACCCAACAGAGGAGAGCAUUCAAGGCCUCGUUUGAAGUAUCCUCCAAGCCGUGCAGGAAGGUGAGGGAGACCCUGGCUGCAGAGACAGGGCUGAGCGUCCGUGUGGUUCAGGUGUGGUUCCAGAACCAGAGAGCUAAGAUGAAGAAGCUGGCCCGGCGGCAGCAGCAGCAGCAGCAAGAUCAGCAGAACACCCAGAGGCUGAGUACCGCUCAGACAAACGGUGGCGGGAGCGCUGGCAUGGAAGGGAUCAUGAACCCCUACACGGCUCUGCCCACCCCACAGCAGCUCCUGGCCAUCGAGCAGAGUGUCUACAGCUCAGAUCCCUUCCGACAGGGGCUCACCCCACCCCAGAUGCCUGGAGACCACAUGCACCCCUAUGGUAAGAGGGACUCAAGCCCCGCAGGGACCUCGCACAGCCUGCUUGCGUGAGUUUUUCAUCCCCUCCCAGUUCCUCUCCCUAGGCAGUUCCUAGUUGCUCAUUAAAGUUCCAAAGCAGAAUAAGUGUCCCAUAAAAUGCUGCUAGAAUCACAUAGCCUGUGGCUCCAGAAGGAAGACCAGUAUGCAUAACCAUGAGUCAUGUUUCCAUUUAUUCUCCUUUUUCAAAACUUUUUAUUUGUUAGAAAAGGAGGUUGUGUUUUCACUGUAGACCUUUUCGUUAGGAUUUAAUUUCCCAAGUCUUC